CUCGGAGUAGCGGAGCACACAGGAUCCAAAAUGUCGGGAGAAGUGUAUCUGAUGUGGCUCCUGUCGCUCCUUCAAACGCUGUCGGCGUACGGUGCCGAGCUGUCUUCCGAGGCGUGCAGGGAGCUGGGCUUCUCCAGCAACCUGCUGUGCAGCUCCUGCGACCUGCUCGGGGAGUUCAGCCUCACCAAGCUCCAGCCCGACUGCCGGCACUGCUGCCAGCAGGAGGCCCAGAUGGAAGCGCGCAAGCUCUACGCUGGGGCCAUCCUUGAGGUGUGUGGAUGAAAAUUGGGCAGGUUCCCUCAAGUCCAAGCUUUCGUCAGGAGCGACAAGCCAAAGAUGUUCAAGGGUCUUCAGAUCAAGUACGUGCGAGGCUCCGAUCCUGUACUAAAGCUUUUGGACGAUAACGGGAACAUGGCUGAGGAACUCAGCAUCCUCAAGUGGAACACAGACAGCGUGGAGGAGUUCCUAAGUGAGAAAUUAGAGCGGAUAUAGAUGUAGUCCUUUUUUUUUUUUUUUUUUUUAAGUCUUUAGUUAAAGGGUCAUUUCACCCAAACAACAAAGAAACAUUAUCUCACUAACCUCUAGUCUUAUCCAUUCACACAGAUAGUUUCUGUUUUAUAUUCUGAGACUUUGAGAUAUCACUCUGGGAUUUCUGCCUUCUCUUUCAGGUGAAUGGGAUUUUUGUUGUUUGUUGACCUCACAGCAUUUAAAAGUGACAUUUAAAAUAUUGAACAUCAACUUGGCUUUUCAGAAACAAUGUACUGUAAAUUCACCAACUAGUGCACCAUCAAGAGGUUUUCAUUGGAAAUACUUUCUUCCUGACGAAAAAGUCUCAGUGAAAUAGGGACACUGUUUCUGGAAACACAUGUAGCUGUAAAUAUAACUUUCUAAUGCUUUAAAGACCACAAACACAAUUCUAUUAAUCUAAUCUGAAACAGAAACUACCUACAUGGCUCGAGGAGAUAGGGAGAAAAUGUUUGUUUUGGAAUUUGAGUGAACUAUCCCUUUUUAUGUAUCAAUUUGUACACAACUCUGCCUUGAUAGAUGGUUGUUAAGUCAUUGUUUUUGUAUCAGAAAAUCAUGAAUUUCUUGUGCUGAUUUUCCAAAAUAACUUAUGUGAGAGACGUAACCAGACAGCACACCUGAAGAUCAACAUCACAGAUAAAUCAUGAAUCAAAGUGUUUCCAUCCGGUCUAAAAAAAAAUGUGGCACAUCAUGACCUGUUUUUGUUUUUUGUGUGUGGGAGUUUUCUUUCCCCUCUCUGUCUGUGUCCGAUAUUCUUGUAUGAUUAUUUUUUAUAAUGCUCAACAUUGUGACAGAAGGGAUUUGUCGUAAGAAUGAAUGAGUCCUAGUUGCUCUCCAAAUGCAGAUGUUUUUGCCGAGGCACAAGUUAGUGAAGACCUCACAGUAAACCAGUGUUGGGAUGUGAGCUCUGAUGUACAUUUGUGUUUUUCUGCAUCUUCUGCUUUGAAGAGAAACUGGAUUUUGUUUUGGAUUGUUGGUUUUUGAGCAAGUGAGGUGGAGGUUUAAAUAUGCAACAAUAAACAAAUAAAAUUGUU